AUGUAUAAACUCCAGUCGUUUCGUGUGUUUUUAAAUGAGCUUUUAACAGAGGCAGCUGUGGAGAUUUUCGAGGCACUUGAGCAAACAGUAGCGGACUACCAGGAGGAGAAUGAUCGACUACGGAGACUGCUGCGGAUCACACCGGAAAUACAACUACGUAGAACAGACUCCCUGCAGCUCUCUGUCUCUGAGGAGGAGGUUCUCCCUGAGCAGCAGCACUGUGAGCAGGAGUGGGACUCCCUGCAGCUCUCUGUCUCUGAGGAGGAGGUUCUCCCUGAGCAGCAGGAGUGGAGCCCCAGUCUGGGGCAGGAGAACCCAGAACUUCCACAGAUUAAAGAGGAACAGGAGGAACUCAGGACCAGUCAGGAGGAAGAGCAGCUUCAAGGACUGGAGGCUGAUAUCAUAGAGUUCAAAUUCACUCCUUCCUGUGUGAAAAGUGAAUGUGAUCAGGAGGACCCACUUCAGUCCUUGACUCUUCUCCAAACCCAGACUGUGGAGAACAGAGAGAGUGACCCUAAACAAGUGGAUCUCACACCUUUUGUUACUGUGACCCACCUUAAGGGUCUCUACAUUCCCUGUGACCCUCCAGAUAAUCAGAACAAUCCCUCCAGACAAAUCUCAGCCGUAAGUAGCGACCCAGCAGCACUUGACUGCAGCCUGCCAUUGGAUCCAAAUCCAUCAUUGGUGGAACACUGUUUCAAACCCAGCACCACGUCUGGAAAAACAUUUGCAGAGAGAACUGACCUGCAGAGGCAUGUGACUCUCAUCAAGAAGAGACUCAGUGAAUGUCGCUUCUGCAAAAAACACUACAACUCCACCUGUAAACUGAAGGCCCAUGUCUGCCUCUGUCACAGUGGGAAACCCAACACCUGCCCUGUUUGUGGCAAGACCUUCAAACUCAAAGUAGAUCUGUCCAAGCACAUGAGGAUUCACACAGGGGAGAAAUUUGAUUGUUGUGGCAACUGUGGGAAGAGCUUUAAUCGCAAGUGGACCCUAGCCGCACAUAUACAGAUUCACACAGGAGAAAAAACAUUUAACUGUGCUGACUGCGGGAAAAGCUUCAAUUUGAAGGAGAAACUUAGGAAACAUAAACAUACUCACACAGGAGAGAAAUCAUUUAGCUGUGGAGACUGUGGGAAAAGCUUCAAUCAGAAGGGGGCCCUAAUUAAGCAUAUACGAACUCACACAGGAGAGAAAUUAUUUAGCUGUGAUGACUGUGGGAAAAGCUUCCAUUUAAAUGGGAACCUAAAGAAGCAUGAACUGACUCACACAGGAGAGAAAUCAUUUAGCUGUGAUGAUUGUGGGAAAAGAUUCAAAUGCAGGGAAAACUUAACCAUGCCUAUACUGACUCACACAGGAGAGAAACUAGCUGUGGUGACUGCGGGAAAAGCUUCUCCCAGAAGGGGAACCUUAGUAGGCACAUACUGACUCACACAGGAGAGAAACCAUUUAGCUGUGUAGACUGUGGGAAAAGCUUCUCCCAGAAGGGGACACUAACGGCACAUAUACGGACUCACACAGGAGAGAAAUAAAUAAGCUGUGAUGUGUGCAGAGAAAGCGUCUCUCGAAAGUCUAACUUACUGAUCCAUGUGGAAAACAGGAUGAAAACUGAAACUAAACAGAAAAUUAGUACAAAGAUCUAUUUAGUCACAAGAUGAGAAUAAAAAGGCAGGAUGUGGACAAUACUCUGAGAACACGCUCAUAGACUCACAUCUAUUGGUUGGUGGAGGACAAUACGAUGAUACCUCUCCUAGGGACCUGCUCUCCAUGCUUCAUGAUUAAAGUUUCUCUGGUCUCUGAGAUAUUCUAUUGGUAACCUGCUGUUUCUCUCCACAGUGCUCUCUGCUACUCUCUGGUCUACAUGGAGGGUCUAGCUACUUUACAUCUGUCUGGAGGGAGAGAUAGAGGUCACAGAAUGAGGUUUCUAGUCUCAACACUCUCCAAGGUGUUUUAGAGGAAAAGAUUAACUUUUCAGGUCAUGUCACAAGUGCCUUCUCCUCUGACAAUGGCACUGCUAAUUAACUCAGUGAUGACACUUCUCCUUUCUCCCCACUAGAUGGCACUGUUUGAGAUAUGAUCCCAUCACACCAUCUCUGUUGUAUGUAAAACAUGUUAGUCAUUUGAAAUCAUUCUUCACAGACCUAUGAGGGUAUAACGUUAAAUGAAUCAACACUGUUACCCAUUACCAAACACAUUGAAACAGACACACACUGUAUUACAGCUAAACAGGACCAUGCUAAACUGAACCAGACAUGACUGACCAUAAGGGGAUGUCAUAGAAUAGAUGUUGUGUACUGUGGGGCCAAAGGUGACUAUAAAUCAGGAUUAGGUUAACAUCUGAGUGGUAUACUACGAAGUAAGCUAAAUCAACUCAGGGUUUUCUAAAGCUAACCUGCUUCACAUUCCAGCUCAGGCUUCAUCCGUACUAUGACAGUGGACAUUGCUCGUCCGCCUGCCGCUAACUCCAGCAGGCUUGUAGCUGCGCUUCCACAUCACACAUGGUUUGUCGAACGCCAAACUCUUCAUUGAGACGGUGCUGAAAAAUCAACCCGUGUGCGAGUCAGUGCCACAUUUUCAUUUGUGAAGAUUUGAAAAUGAAAGAAAAUUGAUCUUACAGAUUCAGCAGACUGGUGUGAAAUAGGCUUUUAGAAGUGAUGUCUUUAUUUGACUACUUAUCAGUACUGCCGUCUUUGGUCUGCUUAUCGCUCCUUAUUCUAUGUGUGAAACAGCUUGUUGUGUUGUGGCCAUAGACAUCAUCCAUAGAAAGGUUUUGUGACCUCUGGCCCUGUCAAUUUGACUGUUAAACUCAUGGGUACACUAGCAAUGGCUGGCAGUUUGACUUGAAUAGGAACUACCAUCUAUGGAUUCUAUGUCUAUGGUUGGUUGUGGCUGUCAGAUUGACUUGAAUAGGAACUACCAUCUAUGGUUGGUUGUGGCUGUCAGAUUGACUUGAAUAGGAACCACCAUCUAUGGUUGGUUGUGGCUGUCAGAUUGACUUGAAUAGGAACUACCAUCUAUGGUUGGUUGGCUGUCAGAUUGACUUGAAUAGGAACUACCAUCUAUGGUUGGUUGGGGCUGUCAGAUUGACUUGAAUAGGAACUACCAUCUAUGGUUGGUUGUGGCUGUCAGAUUGACUUGAAUAGGAACUACCAUCUAUGGUUGGUUGGCUGUCAGAUUGACUUGAAUAGGAACUACCAUCUAUGGUUGGUUGGGGCUGUUAGUUUGACUUGAAUAGGAACUACCAUCUAUGGUUGGU